GAAUGGCGAUACUGCACAGGGCUUUGUUUACGUGGUUUAUAUUUUUAGUAUUCUUAAUACUGUUAUGUUUAAGAUUAGAAUCCAGAACCCAUUGGAACUGGUUUAUAGUAUUUAUUCCUAUGUGGGUUUAUGACAUUAUUUUAUUAAUAUACGUUUUGUUCCACAUGAUAUCUCACUGCCGGAACUGUGUCGACAGAUUUAGGGGAUCAAUUAAUAAAAAUAUCUGGUACAUAGCAGCUAUAGGCCUAAAGAUGGCUGCACAAAUUAUCAUCUGCAUUAAAUUGGAAUAUACGAAACUAAAUUUACCAAUAUACGUGGUAAUGACUCCUAUUUGGAUGCUACUGCCAGUGAUUUGUGUUGAAGUAUUUAUGCAUCUAAUUAAAGUUUCCAGUAGGAGUAGUAGAUAUUAAGAGAAAAAAAUGACAUUUUGACUUAACUACACUAUUUUUAUUUGUAAAGUAUUAUUAUAAAUAUUUACUGAGAACAUGUGACUGUGAGAUAAUUUUAAACUUGGCACUUGUCCACUGACAUCAACACUGCGUUUGCAUAGUCAUGACAAACCAUUGGCUUUACUAGAAACAGUAGUGAUAUAACAGAACAGUCAAGAGAAGGAAA